AUGUCAAAGGACCCCUUUGAGAACUCUGACUACGUCUGUUCCUUUGGGAUGAAGCUAACGUGGGACAUCAAUGACCCCAAGUUACCACAGGAGCCCAAGCACUUUGAUUCAUUCCAGGAGUGGCCAGAUGGUUAUGUGCGGUUCAUCUACACCAGUGAAGAUAAAAAUGCACAGCGGCAUCUUAGUGGCUGGGCCAUGCGCAACACUAACAACCACAACUGCCAAAUUCUCAAGAAGUCCUGCCUUGGUGUGGUGGUGUGUGCCAGGAAUUGUAUCCUUCCGGAUGGGACCAAGCUGCAGCUUCGCCCUGCUAUAUGCGAUAAGGCUCGACAAAAGCAACAGAAAAAGCAUUGUCCAAAUUGUAGUUCAGCUCUUGAGUUAAUUCCUUGCCGAGGGCACAGCGGCUACCCAGUGACUAAUUUCUGGAGACAUGAUGGCAAAGCAAUAUUUUUCCAGGCCAAGGGACUGCAUGACCACCCAAGACCAGAGAGUAAAUCCGAGACGGAGGUCAGAAGAAGUGCCCUUAAAAAGCAAUCACCAUCUUCUCACUCAUCACAGAAAAAAAGGCUUCUGGAAUUUCAGACAGGAAGAUGUAAUGAGAAUGCCAGUCACUUUCAUUACAUUCAUCAUCUGGCAUGUGAAGAAGGCAUAAUCACUGAUACCAGCUUGCCACUUCUAGCUCAGUCACACCAUUUGUUUCAAAGUACGGAACCAUACAACAUUACAUACGAUCCUGCGAGCCUCCAAGAGAAUGUGAUAACACCAUUCCAGAACUACACAAGCCCCAAAAUCUGCACAUCUAAACCGAGCUUUGGCUAUGAGUGUACCUUUCCUGGCUAUGCGGGUCCUAGCUUGUGCCCAACAUUUCAUAAAGAUGUCAUAAACAUUCCAAUGGAUCCUGACCAUGUUGUGCUUAAUGGACUCCAGUAUCAUGUAAAUUCAUUAAAUGUCCAUGAAAAGAACUCUGACAGCACCCAUAAAUAUAAUGGAUUGAGACAAACCUUAGGGGAAACUAACUGUGGGGAAAGGAUUAGCUAUGGGCCAUGUGAAGCCAGUGCUAGCCAUCCCCAUUAUAGUGAAGAAUAUACUUGUAGAUAUAGUAGUCUUUCCUCCCUGGAGGUUCCAGCUUUACAGACUGUUAUAACUACCACAACUAAGAUGUCCCUUGAAGCCUACAAGCCUCCUGUGUUGAGGUAUGUUGACAAUGUGCACGAUGCCAAAGAUCUUCUGAGCUGUUCCAUGGCAGAGAGCAUUUCAGAAGACGUCUGUCCACAGAUAAACUUUCAAGAAGACUGGGCAAUAGGCAAAUCAAAUUUAACUGAGGAACACUUUCUGACUGCUAGUAAGGCUGCCCAUGUAAUACCGGUGGAAACGUGUCAAAUCAAUCCUGAUAUGGAGAAGAGUUAUAAUGCUUAUGGAGAAGAGACAUUUGGAUUUGAAAACACUGAAUACUGA